UCCCUGCCCCCUCCCCCAUGCCGCUCCCCCUCCCCACGCAGGCCCCUGGGGGCGGGCUGGCUCUUGUCCAGGCCUGCUCCAGCUGCCCCAGCUGCUUUCAGCUCUGAUGGCCCAGGGGAGGCGGGCAGGGUGGUGGUUAAGGAUCCUGAGUCUCCCAGGCUGGCACUUACCUUCCCGUUCCCACUCCGAGAGGCUCUAGUGCCCCCCAUGCCUCAGUUUCUCCCACUGCCAGGUACUCAUGCGUGGAGCCCCCUGCUGCUGCUCGACUGUGCAAGGCACCAAGCACACAAGUACACAUGAACUCCAGCGGGGGCUUCGGGUCCUAAUGCUGGUUAAGACCCUGCUCUGUCCCAGCCCCAGUGCCGGGCCCCAGGAUGUGGAGGGACUCCAUGCUGCCUUCAGGUUGCUCCCCGCUCAAGAGGGUGGGCUUCCAUUAGCAUCUCUGCUGGACUGGGUAUACUAGGGGAGUCAAGGGGGCUGGGGUGGAGAGAGAAGGGGGGCCCCAGUUUGGGCCUGCUUCAUUAACCUAGGGGGAGGUAGCCCUGGCAGGGGACAUGGGGACAGUCAGACAGACAUGGAUGUGAAGAAUGAAGACACAUGGGGAUGAUGGUGUUGCCCUCCAACCCAACCUGCCUCUCACCUCUCACCCCUCCUUCCCCAGUGCCCCGGCCACCCCCCCGCCCCCAGUCUCCUUGCUGGCCUCCAGUCACACCUGCCCUUGCCAACCUCAGAGCCUUUGCACAGGCUGUUUCCCACACCUGGAAGAGCCUCCCUCUGUUUUGUAAAUGGUCCACUCUUUCUUACUGUCCGGGACCCAGCCUGCACCCUCAUUAGAGUGGCACCCCAACCCUGCUACUUUUUAUGUCCCUCUAUGUAUUUCUUAUCAGCCCUUUCAGCAGUCUGUAAUGGUUAUUUAUUUUUUGGCCACACCACGCAGCUUGUGGGAUCUCAGUUCCCCUACCAGGGAUUGAACCUGGACCAUGGCAAUGAAAGCCUGGAAUCCUAACCACUAGGCCACCAGGGAACCACCUGUAAUGAUUUUGUUUAUAUAUUUAUUGACCUGUUUCUUCUCUGGCUCCAAAUUCAGCCGUGUCUCUAGUGCCAUGGACAGGGCCUGACACCGGGCACAUAUUUGUUGAAUGACUUUAUGAUGACAGUUAUAACAACAAUCGUAGCUGACACUUAAUGCUCACUUGUUCUGGGUGGAGGGUAUGCAGAGUGCCUAACAUGUAUUGUUUCAUUUCAACUUCAUGACAAUGGUGUGAAGUCAGAACUAUUAAAAUCCCCAUUUUCCUCAUGCAGAAACCAAGGUCCAGAGAGGUUAAGUAACUUGCCCAAGAUCACACAGCCGGCAGGGUGGGAUUUGAAGUCAGAUGUGCCUGACAUCAGGGGAAAGAGGGAGAUUGUGGAUGCGGGGGAGGGCACUUCCCCGCCUCACCCUGGUGUCACCAGGACGCAGUGGUCCCACCUGCUGUCCUGCGUGGGGCUUUCCCUUCUCUGGGCUGGCCCCCUUCCCAGAACCCCAGGCAUUGAACAUUCUAGGACUCUAUGACCUGUACUGGUGGGUCAUGCUGGAGCUCUGACCCCCGGGCCAAGGAGCCGGGGCCUUUCUGGGCUGGCUGCGGCUGCGGCUGAGAGAAGGGUCAGGAGGUCGGCCAUGUCAUCUGAGCCUCCUCCCCCAUCACAGCACCCCACCCACCAGUCCUCGGCCGGGCUGCUGGAUACCCAACAGGCCCGAGACCGCUCACCAUCCCCGCUUCCGGGCAACGUGGUCCCGAGCCCACUGCCCACUCGCCGGACAAGGACCUUCUCAGCGACGGUGCGGGCUUCACAGGGCCCUGUCUACAAAGGAGUCUGCAAAUGCUUCUGUCGGUCCAAGGGCCACGGCUUCAUUACCCCGGCCGACGGCGGCCCUGACAUCUUCCUGCACAUCUCCGAGUCUUCAGUAGACCCCCCCGUACAGCGUAGACACGAGGAUGACGCUAGAGCAAUGCCUUUCACCGUGGAGGGGGAGUACGUCCCCGUGGAAGGCGAUGAGGUCACCUAUAAGAUGUGCUCCAUUCCGCCCAAGAACGAGAAGCUGCAGGCCGUGGAGGUGGUCAUCACCCACCUGGCGCCGGGCACCAAGCACGAGACCUGGUCCGGCCACAUCGUCAGCUCCUAGGAGAGGCCAGAGGCGCCCCUUCCCCAGGGCUUGGGGGAGACUCUGGGGCCGGAGGCAGGACCAAACUGGAGAGGACAUUCUACCGCUUGAGAUGGGGCUUCAAGGGGGGAGCGUGGUCCCUUUCAAGUGUCUCCUGAAGGAAGGGGUGUGGGGUGCUCUCGGCCACCAGCACAGCCUCUCACCAUCUGAAAAGCAUUAAAAGCAUUGAAAAAGGA